UUAACGUUAUUUGAUUAUCAAAACUACGAAAAGAAUUUUUCGGCCCUUCAAAAGAAAAUGGAUGCCUUUCUCGAACAUCUCAUAGAUCAACAUCGGUUAUCUAACGACGGUAACUCAAUGAUUGACCACUUACUUGUUUUACAAGAAAAACAACCGGACUACUAUACUAAUGAAAUUAUCAAAGGUCUAUUACUAGUAAGUGAUCUAAUUAUCCAUCAUGGAGUUCUUCAUUUUUUUUUUUUAUUUGAGUUUCACUUUUUAAACAAAUUUGUACAUGUAGUUUAUGAUACUUGCUGGGACGGAUACAUCAUGGAUAACAUUGGAAUGGGCAUUGUCAUUAUUAGUAAAUCACCCCGAUGUAUUAAAGAAGGUGGCGACCGAGCUAGAUGCCCAAAUUGGCCAAGACCGCCUAUUGGAUGAAUCUGAUCUUGCUAAACUCCCUUAUCUCCAUGGAGUGAUUUUGGAGACCCUUCGAAUGUUCCCAGCAGGACCACUCCUUGUCCCCCACAUGUCGUCGGAGGAUUGCAAGAUUGUUGGAUUCGACGUUCCUCGUGGAACAGUAUUAAUAGUAAAUGCAUGGGCCAUUAAUAGGGAUCCUGAUAUUUGGGAAGAAGUGGAAAUGUUUAAGCCCGAUAGAUUUGAAGAUGGAGAAGCUGAAAGUGGAUACAAGCUAAUGACAUUCGGGAUGGGUAGAUGGGCUUGUCCUGGAGUAGCCCUAGCUUAUCGAAUUAUGGGAUUGGCAUUGGGCUCGUUGAUCCAAUGCUUUCAUUGGAAGAGACUAAGUGAGAAUGAAUUGGUUGAUUUAAGUGAGGGGAAGGGUCUCUCCAUGCCUAAAGCUCAACCACUUGAGGUCUUGAGGACAAGUGUGAUAAUGAUGGAUAAAGGGGAUAAGUUCUGA